ACCACUUCAGCCGUCCCCUUCUCAGUUUCCAACACCCACAGAUCCUUGGCCGUAACUUCUCUUCCUCCCUUCAUAAUCUGCAAACUCCUUUUAUCGUCAAUAUCUCUUCAUAUGCAUUCCUCAUAAGAACUUUGUAGACGCACGGUAGAGCAACCAUUGAGUAAUAGCACCAUCGUCCAGUUCACCCACAUUUCCUGCAUUGCAAGUUCGUUUAGCGCUCCAGCAACUCUUCCAUUUCCAGCCAUGGAUUCCCACGAGUCGUUCGAUCCCAGCCGUUGCCCCGCGUGGCUCCCUAAGUUGCUCCGCGGCCGUUAUUUCACGAGCUGCGCGCAGCACGCGGCCUCCAGCAGAGCCGAGCGAAACUACUUCUGCAUCACGUGUAGCGGCGAAUCCCUCUGCUCCACCUGCAUUGCCCAGCAGCAUUCCAACAACCCCAGCCACCACCAUUCCGGCAGUUCACCACAUUCUGGCGGUGGCGGCUCAAUCCAUGGCGCCGGUUCAGGCGGCGCGUCGAAGCACCAUAAUAUUCUCCAAAUCCGCCGGUCGUCGUAUCACGAAUGCGUGCGAAUCAACGAGCUCGCGAAGAUCCUAGAUCUGUCGCACAUUCAGGUGUACGUCAUCAACAGCGCCAAGAUCGUGUUUCUGAACGGCCGGCCCCAGGCGCGUCCCGUGAAGGGCGCGCCCUUCUACUGCGAGACGUGCGAGCGAAUGCUGCUCGACGCAAGCAGGUUCUGCUCCCUCGGCUGCAAACUCGCCGCAGUUCCCAAAGAUUCCACUCUCUCGUUUGUUCCGCGAGUCGCGGCGUCCGCGCCGGCGAAUUCUGGAGGACAUCAUCAUGGUGGCGCGGGGUCUGCGAACGGGGGUGGUAGUAAUGCGAAGCGUACGUCAGCAGCGGGUGCUGUCACGUCACACCGGCCGAGCGCGUACAAUGCGGCGAUGGCAGGCGGAAAUGCUGACACGUGGCGGAAGAAUAACGGCAACGGCAGCAGCAAUUUGGCAUUCGCGACUUGGGUUCAGAAGGCGAGAACGACAGCUGGUGGAAAGAAGCGCUCAGCCCCUGACGGAAACACGACAUCGCCGGAAGUCUCUUUGCUAGCUGCUUCUGUUGAGUUCGACAAUAUCGAGGACGGCUUUGGCGCUGACAGCGACGGGAUCUCCCGAGCGGACGAAGACGACCGUGUUCUCUGUGACGGCGACGGUGACGUUGACGGCAACUGUAACGGUAACGGCGACCGGUCGUUCGUGUGGAGCCGGAGCGGAUUCGGCGGGGGAAAGAGAGUUCGCGUGGAGAAAUAUCCGCAUCCGGAGAAGAACCCGAAUCCGACGAUGGGGAAGUUCCAGGACAUGGUGAAAUUCCCGCCUCUCGUGCCGAUCUCGUCCCCGUUUUCGUUUCCUGAGGGCUCGCCGUCAUCUCCGCCGCGGCUGGGGUUCUCCCCUCCGUCAACUCCGAGCCUGACCGGCAAUCGCCGACGGAAAGGUGUGCCUCAGCGGUCUCCCCUGGUGUGAGUGGUGAUUCGUGAAAAAACGAGGAAAAGGAAAUAUAUGAAGAAAUUCAGGCAAUGAUGUGCAACUGGCUCCGAAACAGUGGGAAGAAUCUGGCUCCGUCAACCUCGUACAUACCAUACUCUCCAAAUAGUUUCAAUGUCCGUGGGGGAAGGGGUGUGGGGAGGAUCUGGGGCACAGGGACGGGCAUGGCAGAAGGCAUGGGGAUAGACAGGCAUAGGGACGGACGUGUGUUAUCUGCUGGGCGUGUUGGCUGCAAAGUCGGGCUGCGGAGUCGGGUGGGCCUCGGGGCUUGGCCAGCUAAAGCUGAUUCGCCAUGGCUCCUGUUGACCUCGUGCUACUGAAACAGAGGCUCCGAUUCAUCCAAUUCAUCCAGAUUAUCAGAGGUAUUGGUUGGGACGGAGCUGGAGUGGAAGGGGUGGUGGCAGACUUGGCGUUGGGCGGCGGCUUCGGUUGGCCUAUCACACGGCUGCAGCAGACGCGUGACUCAUCUGCAACCAUCUCCUGCAGCUAGGGCAACUUCUGCAGUGGUCCUCGCUGCUGGCGGGCCAUACCUCUGCUGCAUCCGUCCCUGCUGCCUGUGACAAUGUCCCUGCUGGUACCUGGUACCUGGUACCUCCUAUCUGGUACCUGGUACAUGACUUUCAGUUGGGAGUGUCUACCCGCUUCCAAGACUGAAGGUGCAGCUGACUUUCAGUGUGGCAGUGCCUCAACCAACCAAUGCCAGCAGCAGGAUUGUACAUACACAUACCCUAGUGCUGGUGGUAUAUUUCUCAUUGUUCCUUUCCUAUGGUGUAGUGCUGCAUAUGCAGCUGCUGGUACUGAGGCUAGUGAGGUUUCACAGUAUUGUUUUUCAAGUGCUUUGCAUGUAAUUCUUUCUUGCAGCUAGCAGUGUAUAUAGCGCCGCUGACUGUUCUGGAUAUUACACUAACUGAUUUGUUCACCUUUACCAGUCUUCAAUCGCCCUUACUC